UUAGCUUCUUUUCUAGGAGAAAGAAGACGACCCUCCUUCCCUACUUCUUUCACUCCCCGCCCCAGGAUUAGGCAGCUGUCCAGUAGAAGGUGUUACCAGCCUGAGGCUCAUCAGAGAAGAAGGAAUGGCAGUCAGGUGCCUGCCAACCGUGGUCCAGGAAUCAGUGACCUUCAAGGAUGUGGCCGUGCUUUUCACCCAGGAUGAAUGGGCGCAGCUGAGCCCUGCUCAAAGAGCCCUGUACAGGGAUGUAAUGCUGGAGAACUACAGCAACCUGGUGUCCCUGGGACUCUUAGGACCCAAGCCAGAUACGUUUUCCCAGCUGGGAAAAGGGGAAGAAUGGAUGCCGGAGGACUCCUUGGGAGGCUUCUGUCUUGACUGGAUGACUACACCUGUGAGUAAGAAAUCAACUUUCAAGGCAGAUAUUCCUGAAGGAGAAUUGGGUCAGUGGAUGAUAAAGGAAAGAGUCACUAGAGAUAGUCACUGGAAAUAUGAUACACUGUUGGAAUGGCAGCAUGGAAGCCAGGAGAUAAAGUUGCAGCAAGUGAUGCUUGCUCACGAGAAAACUUCAUCUGUGGUUGGUGACCAGAAAUGUGAUGAAUCUGGAAAGCACUGCACCAUGAGCUCAUCCUUUGUUGAGAGUCAGGGAUUUCAAUCUAGCAAAAAUGCCUUUGAGUGUAGUGAGUGUGGAAAAGUCUUCACUAAGAGUUCAACCCUCAAUAAACAUCAGAAGAUUCAUACUGAAAAACUUAAUGCAAAUCGGAAAAUUCUUAUUAAAGAGAAACGAUAUGAAUGUAGAGAAUGUGGGAAAGCCUUUCACCAGAGCACACACCUCAUCCAUCACCAAAGAAUUCACACUGGUGAGAAGCCGUAUGAAUGUAAGGAAUGUGGCAAGGCCUUCUCAGUGAGCUCCUCACUUACUUACCAUCAGAAAAUUCAUACUGGAGAGAAGCCUUUUGAAUGCAACUUAUGUGGAAAAGCUUUUAUCCGAAACAUACACCUUGCCCACCAUCAUAGAAUACAUACUGGAGAGAAACCUUUUAAAUGUAACAUAUGUGACAAAGCCUUUGUGUGCAGGGCACAUCUUACCAAACACCAGAAUAUUCAUAGUGGAGAGAAACCCUAUAAAUGUAAUGAAUGUGGGAAGGCCUUCAAUCAGAGUACAAGUUUUCUUCAGCAUCAGAGAAUUCACACUGGGGAGAAGCCUUUUGAAUGUAAUGAAUGUGGGAAGGCUUUCAGGGUGAACUCUUCCCUCACUGAACAUCAAAGAAUUCAUACUGGAGAGAAACCUUAUAAGUGUAAUGAAUGUGGGAAAGCUUUCAGGGAUAAUUCAUCCUUUGCUCGACAUCGGAAAAUUCAUACUGGAGAGAAACCUUACAGAUGUGGUUUGUGUGAGAAAGCCUUCAGGGACCAAUCAGCCCUAGCCCAGCAUCAGAGAAUUCAUACUGGGGAGAAACCUUAUGCGUGUAAUAUAUGUGAGAAAGCAUUCAGUGACCAUUCAGCCCUCACUCAACAUAAGAGAAUUCAUACUAGAGAAAAACCUUAUAAAUGUAAAAUCUGUGGGAAAGCCUUUAUCCGAAGUACACACCUGACUCAACAUCAGAGGAUUCACACAGGAGAGAAACCCUAUAAAUGUAAUAAAUGUGGGAAAGCUUUCAACCAGACUGCAAACCUCAUUCAGCAUCAGAGACAUCAUAUUGGAGAAAAGUGAUAUGGAAGAGCUUUGAGACUAAGUGUAUUAAUUAUUGAAUGCAAGAGAAUUUCCAUUCUACAGAAUAACCAUGAAAGCUUACAUGAAGAUAGUCAUUUUAUUUACUGAGAGUCAAGGUUCACAGUAGUGUGGGUUUUGAGAACUUAAUGGCAAACACUCCUCAUAGUUCAGAACUGCCUCAGUUGAAUAGUCUGAAUUAGUCUGAAUUACCAAGUAUCAGAACCAAAAUGGACCUUCAUUAACAACAUAGAAAUUAGUUGACCAUUAAGAGAAAUUAUAAAAUUGUAAAAAUUGAGAAGCACAGGAACAAAAAAACUAAGAAAAUGGUCUAUAAGCAUUUUACUGUACUUGAUUCUCUUAUAUAGGAGGGUUUCUACCUUUAGUGGAACCCUUUGUUUUCCUCACCCCCACUGCUUACACCCAGUGUAAAGAAAGUGCAGUCACCUGUGCAUUGGCCCAGGAGUUACUUAAAUUAUGCUUCCCACCUUCUGCUUCAAACCACCUUUUGUCAGAUUUCCCUGGUUUGUGUGUCCGUUGGCUUCUUACCUGUAUUCUUCUCCUGGGACAAUUCAUUUGAACCGUGUGUUGCUUUUUUUUUUUUUUUUUAAAGAUUUAUUUAUUUGAUUGAUUGAUUGAUUGCUAUGUUGGGUCUUCGUUUCUGUGCUAGGGCUUUUCUCUAGUUGUGGCAAGCGGGAGGCCACUCUUCAUUGCGGUGCACGGGCCUCUCACUAUUGUGGCCUCUCUUGUUGCGGAGCACAGGCUCCAGAUGCGCAGGCUCAGUAGUUGUGGCUCACAGGCCUAGUUGCUCCGCGGCAUGUGGGAUCUUCCCAGACCAGGGCUGGAACCCGUGUCCCCUGCAUUAGCAGGCAGAUUCUCAACCACUGCGCCACCAGGGAAGCCCCCCGUGUGUUGCUUUUUGAUUUAGCAACUCCUAACUGAUAACAUCACGUCACUUACUACCACUCAGUUUGCCCUUGAAGACUGUGGUGAUCUGACCUCACACACAGUCCAUGAUUCUGGAUGUUGCUCCAAACCCAGCUCUCAGAACUCAGGACCCCUAUCUGGAAGGCAGAGGUUGAUCAAAAUUCCUGAGUUACCCAGUUCCUCUGGGCUUCAGUUUGACUCUGACCCUGGGAUAAUCCCUAAAGUAGGGGCUUAAUCUGUGCAGACAUUCCCCCAGCCAGUUCUUCACCGUAGUUACGCUACACACAGCAGUCAGGGGCAUGCUCAGCUUCGGAUGUGAUGAUCCCAUCCCUAGAGAUGUUCUGGGCCACUGCCACUUCUGUGACUUGCCAUUUCCUGAUGUGCAUCUGACAAGGGAGGUUAGAGCCUCAAGGGAGUUGUCAAAAGGCUCUCACCCACUUUUUCCCUUGGCUGGGCAGUCCUCUGUGUCCACUGCAUUAGCGUAUAUUUGUUACUCCCAGAAUACUGAACUGCUGCAUCCUAGUUCUUGCCCUGCUUUUGUCUACUUUUCUGAAGGUAUCAACUCUGUUCACAGAAAACACAGAGAGCUUUGAAUUUCUGAUUUUGCAUUUGGAAGUGGCCAUUUCCUGUCCUCCACCUGGGUAUUCCACCACUUAAAGAUUACCCCAUUCUGACAGUGGUGAGCAGCAUGUUGAGUAAUUCCAUGGAGUAGUCAACAGCACCAUGACAUUCUCUGGCAGGGGCAGUGUCCACGCCCAGAAGUCUGAGUGAUACUCUAGUCCUGCAGGUACAGUUCCUUCACUAUUUUUAAUUCUUCAGUGCUGUCAGUAGAAAUCACAGAUAAAAUAACAUCUGUGUCCCUUCACACACAGCCUCUGGGGGCACCUCCCCUUCCCCACCACAAAGAAUGGGGAGCCCACACUACUGCAGGCUGGAGCACACUACAGCAUGAAGGUAGAAGAGCAAGUCAACUGUUGUCUGGGAAGCAGUGUGACAGGUUCCUGGUCUGUGGAAGUGCUCUCUAUCAAGUUGGGCAACUGCUGGCCCCUACAAAUGCUGCACCUCAGCUCCAAGUUACAGGAGAGGAUAGUCUGUCAUGGUGGAAUCAGGACUUCAGGUUGAACGUAGACUUGGAAGCUUCCAGCAGCUUUAAAUACCCAAGUUCUCUAAAUUCAGCUCCCACCUAAUACAGGCCACCUGUGUGGGUAGGCAUCUCCUGUUAGAUGAUCAGCAACUCAUCCUUUCUCCCCUAUUGAGCUUCAGGUGAAGCAGCAUUUCAAGCGGUUGCUUGGAACUCUCCAUGCCCUGGGCCCACACAUGUUCAUCUGCAGCCUCACAUGGCUGGCAACCCGAUUCCACAAUAAACUUGGAAAACUGCUCACUGCUACAGAGAUCUGCCUUCAGUACUAUCCCUGUGGCCCGCCUUGUCCUCACUAUUACCUCCUUGCCUUGAAUCCCUCACAAGGAACAUAUUUCUCAGCUCGCUUUGUUGUUCCUUUUGUUUGUUUUUAAUGAGAGCUGCUGCCCCUUGGAAUGUGCUUGCAGUUGGGCUAAGGCCAAGACCUGCUGCCACUCAUCCCAGGGGCAGCUCCAGCAGCUGUUCUUCCACCAGCAUUAGUGCAAUCUGAAAACCCUCCAUAUGAUUACAGUCCACUUUCCCUGAGCCCACCACUGUCAGGCUUGGGUCUUCAUGAAAUUAGACCUCUGAGAUGCCUAGUCACUCAUCCCUGGCUAGGGAGGCAAAAAGUAAAUGGCCUAUUAGAAAUGCCUGAGUCAACUUGGAUAUAUUUAUGAUAGUACUCUUUAUCUGACCAGACCAUUAGCAGUGGCUUUAUUAUAUUCUGCCAUAUGAUUAACACCUUAUGGUAUGACCUUCUCAAGUAAGUGAGCCAAAAUUUGCCUGGGUGCUAUUUCAUACUUUUAAAAUCUGAAGUAGGUUCUCCACACUGGCAGUCUGACCUUUGGCUUAACCCCCCAGAAUUGCGUUUUUGAGAACUCUGAGUUAAAGUCCCUCAGCCACCUUUUCUUCUGCCAGCUGAUCUGCAUGGUAUUAGACAAGAGUUGAGCAAUUAUUUAUUUUUUUAAAUUUCUUUAACAUACUUUAUUUCAUAGUAUUUUUCAUGAAUACCUUGUUAUAGAAAAAGUCUAAAGUAAUGUAGAUAAU